UUUCUGAAAGAAGAACCAUAUAUGGCUGAAGAGAUUGAGAUGGUCACUGUGGAAAAGCUGCCAUCCAUUUUUGGAAAUUCUCCAUCUUCUUUGGAUGUAUUGAAAGCUGCCAAACACUUUAAGUUACAUCAGCGAGCGUCUCAUGUGUAUUCCGAGGCCAAACGAGUACAUGCAUUCAAGGAUACUGUGGCAUCAGAGUUAAGUGAGGAGGACAAGCUGAAGAAGCUUGGCGACCUUAUGAAUGAGAGCCAUUACAGCUGCAGUGUUUUUUAUGAGUGCAGCUGCCCUGAGCUGGAAGAACUUGUAAAUAUAUGUCGGGAACAUGGUGCCCUUGGGGCAAGGCUUACAGGAGCUGGAUGGGGUGGUUGUGCUGUCGCUUUAGUGAAAGAGAGCAUUGUCCCACAAUUCAUCUUCAAUUUGAAGGAACGGUUCUACCAAUCAAGGAUUGAAAAAGGGAUCAUUAACAAGGACGAUCUUGGCCUCUAUGUUUUUGCUUCCAAGCCAUCAAGUGGUGCCGCUAUUUUCAAGUUUUAGUAUGUGACUUGUUUACCCUUUUACUUUUCUUGGUUAGUGAAACAACAAACUAUGUUAUUAACAUAACUUAUGUCGAGAAAACCACAUGAAAAAUGUUUAGGUUGAGUAAAAACUAGUGUUAUCAGUUUAGUAAAACAAAGAACAGAAAAUAAUGGUUUGGCAAGUUGCCAAAACUUGUAUUGUA